UUCAUUACUUAAAAAGUUAUUAUUGUGAAAAAGUCGAGCAGCUAUUGUAUUUUAAACUUGAUUUUACAAAUUAGUUGCCGUUCAGCCAUAUCGAGAAAUACAACUAAUUUCUUUCUUGUUAACUUGGAUUUAAAAAAUUCUAAUGAGGAUUUUAAUAGUGAUUUUUGCCGUUCUCUGCUUCACAGCAGCUACUUUUGCAUCUCCAGCCGGGAAAAAGCAAGCUCCGGCAUGCGCUCGUGAUUGUGGUGAUAAAUAUGAACCAAUUUGCGCUAAAGAGAAAAGUGGUAGCAAGCUUAUAACAUUUGGAAAUGAAUGUGUAAUGGGACGUUUCAAUUGUGAACAUCCAGAUGGCCAAUAUGACAUUAAGACCAAAGGGGAAUGCGGCGGUAAUGUGAGCGUACGACUUUCAUAAGUAUCAUAUACGAAUAAUAUGUAUUAAAAACGUAAAAUGUAUUUGAUGAAAUAAAUUUAUAUUUGAAUCAUUAUCUGCAA